AUGGAGCAUAAAGGCUACAACUGUUACUGCAAGCGCAAGGCCACCAAGACUAAUACAACCUACGCGGUCUGUGCUGGACACCGAGCUGGGUUGGAGACGCCGCCAGAAGUCAUCGAUGUCCGCCGAGAAAAACAGGCCGUUCUUCAGAGA